AUGUUGAAUGACACUAGGGGCGCUCUUUGGUGGAGCUAUCAGCUGCUUAAUCCAGACAUCAGGCGAUGCUUUGAAUUCUGCAAUAUUUUCCCUCGAAGAUCUGGGUUCAGCAGGCAAGAGUUAGUUCGUCUGUGGAUAGCAGGAGGGUUUGUAAAGACAUCUUGUUCAGAAAAGGACAUGGAAGAUGUAGCCGAGGACUACAUUCAAGAGUUACUUUCAUGCUCAUUUCUGCAACCAGUAGUAGAUGGUUCCUUCGGAUCUGACUUUACAAUUCAUGAUCUGCUGCAUGAUUUAUUAGACAAGGUAACUGGAAGUGAUUACUUCAGAAUCGAGAAUGAAACGAGCCAGAGAGGAAAUAAAAGCUGGAAAGGAGAUAUCCCUCAGGAUGUCCGCCAUCUUUUUAUUCGGAUCUAUGGUGGAGAAUUGAUUACUGAUAAGAUCCUUGGUUUGGAAAAUUUGCGCACUCUCAUUCUUUAUUAUGGUGGAAAGGAUACAACAGUUGACGAAAAAUUCAUUGAGUGCAUAUGCAAGAUGCUGCCAAAUUUGCGGGUACUGGCCAUUGAUUUAAGCUGGGCUAAUACGGGGCCCAAUUUCUCAUUGCCAGAAUCUAUUAGUCAGUUAAAGCACCUACGGUAUCUUUCGUUCAUAGCAUAUUCAUGCAUGGUGAUUUUACCAAUCGCACUAGCUAAACUUCACCAUAUCCAGAUGCUAGAUUUUGUUGAUUGUGAAUUUUUGGGAUUUGGUUCUACUGGCCUUAUCAACUUGCGGCACCUGUUCCUCCGCACAAAAGUGAAAUGUCCUAACAUAGGAAGGCUGGUCUCGCUCCAAACAGUACCUACCUUUGAAGUAAGGAAUGAACAAGGGUAUGAGGUAAAGCAGGUGAGUGACCUAAACAAGCUUCGUGGUAGAUUGGAGAUCAGUGGCCUUGAAAAUGUUACAAGCAAGGAGGAAGCCCUUGAAGCCAAUCUAGCUGCCAAGGAAGGGCUCACUUAUUUUAAACUGAAAUGGCAUGGGGGCGAUGAUAGUACAAGGUGCAGUCCAGAAGUUGAAGCAGAGGUACUUGAGGGCCUGCGCCAUCCCGUGGGGCUUGAAGUACUGGAUAUCGAGCACUUCAAAGGUUCAAGCUACCCAGAUUGGAUGUUGAGUGCCCAGAAUGGUGAGCGAAAGGACCCGCAACUGCAUACACUUCGCUUCUCAUUUUGCGGCCCGCGAGGACCUGGCCCUGAACUUGCGGCCUUCCCUUGUCUUCGAGUGCUCGUUCUUUAUGACUGCAUCUGGGACGCCUUACCUGACAAUCUGGAGCAACUCAAAUCGCUAAAGCUACUGAUAAUCCAUCAUUGCGUGAAUAUCAAGGCGCUUCCAACACUGCCCCACUCUCUUGAGGAGUUCUGUGUAAAUUACGGUGACGCCGAGUUCAGGAAGAAUUGCCAAACAGUGGGGCAUCCAUGCUGGCUAAAAUCAAGCACAUCCCCAAGAAAGAAUUUGCACCUACAUACAUAA